AUGCUCGCCGGCAAGAACUCGAUCGACGAGUUGAGCAUGUUCGCACGUAUGGCCCCGCAUUUACACGCCCGACGAGCAGUCGAGCACCACAUUUACAAGAUCGACAGAAAAGCAUACACAGGAGAACGCGUGGGCCGCGCCCUCCCUAGUCGUGCUAUCUGUCGCCCUCUUCGUGGCGGCUACGGUUGUCUUGACUCGCCGACGUCGUCGUGGACGCGAAGGUGUGCGAGCUAUAUGUGCGCAGGCAAUCUCUACUCACAUGUCCGAUCGGUCUUGAAUAAUCCAGGUGAUCCCUCAAGCUCGUCAUACUCUCUUCCGCCGCCGCAUUAG